AUGUCAUCAUUUCAGAGAAAGAAAAACUUUGAUUGGUCAUCUUUCAACACUCUCCAUUUGAGGGUUCGAGGUGACGGCCGUCCGUGGAUGAUCAACAUUAGCUCUGAGUCUUACUUCGCCCAUCAGAAAGAUGAUAUCUACAGCUACUUCCUGUACACACGAGGAGGGCCCUACUGGCAAGACGUCAAGAUUCCUUUCUCCAAGUUCUUCCUUACACAUCGAGGGAGGGUACAGGACGAGCAGCACUGUCUGUGGCUCGAUAAGGUUUCUACGAUAGGCUUCACUCUGGGAGAUAAAGCAGACGGAUGUUUCCAGUUAGAGGUUGACUUUAUUGGUGUCUGCAAAGACUACGCUCAUACUGAGGAGUUCGCCUACGAAAGUUACAAGAGAAACCCUAAUGUAUGA